UACUGGCGCUCAGCGGAGGGUGAGACGGCUCCGCGACUCACUGACGCCAGGCUGAGCAGACCCAAGACAGGCAGAGAGAGGAGACGCACAUACACACACACACACACACUCAUAUACACACACACACAGGGAGAGAGAGAGAGAGAGCAGAGAAAGAAAAGUAAGUGAAUGUUGAGGGGACCUGAUCGUACGUCUUGGAAGCUGAGGAUUAUCUGAAACUCCAAAAGGACAAACACACGUUUUACCCUGUCUCUUCAAAGGCUGAACUGUCCACCAUCGCUGCUCACACUUUUUUUGGACAGAAAGGAGAGGGGAGGAGGGCGGCUUGUCCAACAUGAACGUCACCUCGCUCUUCUCCUUCACCAGCCCGGCGGUCAAACGGCUGCUGGGUUGGAAGCAGGGAGACGAAGAAGAGAAAUGGGCAGAAAAGGCUGUGGAUGCUCUGGUUAAGAAACUGAAAAAGAAGAAGGGAGCCAUGGAGGAGCUGGAGAGGGCCCUCAGCUGCCCUGGUCAGCCCAGUAACUGUGUGACAAUCCCCCGCUCGCUGGAUGGACGGCUGCAGGUGUCCCAUAGGAAAGGUCUGCCCCAUGUCAUUUAUUGUCGGGUGUGGCGCUGGCCCGACCUGCAGUCCCACCACGAGCUGAAGGCCCUGGAGUGCUGCGAGUACCCCUUUGGCUCUAAACAGAAGGAUGUGUGCAUCAACCCCUACCACUACAAACGAGUGGACAGUCCAGUGCUGCCACCUGUGUUGGUACCGAGGAACAGCGAGUUCAACGCCAAGCAUACAAUGUUGCCUCGCUUCCGCAACCCUCUACAACAGAAUGAGCCGCACAUGCCUCAGAAUGCCACCUUCCCAGAAUCCUUUGCUCAGGCAAACACAAUGCCGCCCAAUUUCCCGAAUUCGCCAGUGAACAGCUACCCAAACUCGCCAGGGAGCGGCAGCAGCAGCGCCACGUUUCCUCAUUCACCAUCCAGCUCUGACCCCGGCAGUCCAUUCCAAAUGCCAGAGACGCCCCCUCCCGUCUACGUGCCCCCAGAGGAGCAGAUGACUCAGGAUUGCCCCCAGCCAAUGGACACCAACCUCCUGGCUCCACCCUUGCCUCUAGAGAGUAACAACCGGCCAGAUGUGCAGCCCGUGGCUUAUGAGGAACCCAAGCACUGGUGCUCUAUUGUUUACUAUGAGCUCAACAAUCGUGUUGGAGAGGCGUUCCAGGCGUCCUCCACCAGCGUGCUUGUUGAUGGCUUUACAGAUCCCUCCAACAACCGCAACCGAUUUUGCCUCGGCCUGCUCUCCAACGUUAACCGCAACUCCACCAUUGAAAACACCAGGCGGCACAUCGGCAAAGGUGUCCAUCUGUAUUAUGUUGGAGGAGAGGUGUAUGCAGAAUGUCUAAGUGAUAGCAGUAUCUUCGUCCAGAGUCGUAACUGUAACUUCCACCACGGUUUCCAUCCAACAACUGUCUGUAAGAUUCCCAGCGGCUGCAGCCUGAAAAUCUUCAACAACCAGGAGUUUGCAGAGCUGCUGGCCCAGUCCGUCAACCAUGGCUUCGAGGCGGUUUAUGAGCUCACCAAAAUGUGCACCAUCCGCAUGAGCUUCGUUAAAGGCUGGGGAGCAGAGUACCACCGCCAGGAUGUAACCAGCACACCCUGCUGGAUUGAGAUUCACCUGCAUGGUCCCCUGCAGUGGUUGGAUAAGGUGCUAACCCAGAUGGGUUCCCCUCACAACCCUAUAUCCUCCGUCUCAUAAGUAUCACUGUCCUCAGCCCCAUAGUUGUCCAUACCCCAGCAUUUUGGUCUAAGUAGCAAGAAUAGGGUCACGGAUUGGCUUGUGGUUCAGCCAGUCUGCCUUCUCAGAUAAGUGAGGUUUUGUCUGAAACACAAACUGAUCUAGGACCAGUAGGGCUGGGCAGGUUGUUAAAUGGGUUGGUUUUUUCUCUACUUGAAGGAUGUCUGAAUGGGCCACAUUUACAGUCUGCGAGAGGAGUAAGAAAAGUGAGCGUGAUGCAACUGGAAGAUACUUGAUCUUUGUGACCAACUGUAAUAAUUAGACCAUCACGUCAUGAUGAGUGUCAUCAUGACGCAAGACUCCUCCCUGAUCUUUCUCCAAUAAGGACUCUUUUUCAUUGUUCUAUUGUUCUGAUUCACAACUAGUUUUCAUCUAAAUAUUCCCUCUGAAAUCCAGAUAUAUAUGUGUGUAAUAAAAAUAAUUACGGGACAUUCCAGGUCACCAAAAUUGCAAACGGCUGCUGUCUACUGCCUGACUGCAAUGAGGUUGGCAUGAAAUGUACUUACAGCAUGUAAAAAGUUAGCAGGAACUUGGAGGUUGACCAGUAUGACUGAAAAAUGUCAUCAUUCAAAUCAUCUCCUGAUACUUCAGCAAGUAUGUUGUUUCCCCCAAAUGUUCUUUUUGGGGGCUAAUAAAUUAAAGCAGUAGAAAGUUCUUAGAAAAAAUAAAAUCCUAUCUAACAGAUCAUGAAAACUAAUACGCUAAUAAGAGGGCAGAAUUAUGGGGAGUUUGAGAGUUUAGAGUGGGGUUUAGUGUGGGGCAUUGCACUAAAAGGGCAUUUCAGACCUUUGAGAACAAUGACGUGUUUAAAUGUUGCUCAUCUUGUGUUACACUCGUGUUUCAAAUGGUUAAAAAAGAAAAGAAUAGUGUUUAGACAUAUUCACUAUUAGAAUAUGUGCUGUGCAGUCUGGUUUUUGAAAAGCAUAGUUUGGUUAGUGUAGCGUUACACAUUUAAGACUGGUAGCUGAACACCACAUGAAACAGAGUGUAGUUUGUCCCUUGCUGUAUAGUCUGCAGACAAAUCUGAUGUAUCAAAUAUGAGUCACAUUAAGGAAAUCCAUAUUUCAGUGACUGUGCUUCAUUCUCUAAUUAAAAAAACUUGUUAAAUGACUGAUAUGGGAAAAUGUUGAGCAUUCAAAUUGUAAUUGUUGACUGAAAAAAGGGUAUCAGUUAGUUUUUUUAUAAAAUGCAGAUUUUGCCAUUCAAUUCUUUUAUGCUUUGAGCAAUCCUCUUUGCUAUUAAACUGUAUUACUCUUUACAUUCUUUUUGUAAUUUUGAACAUGUUUUCUGUUUUGUUUGUCUGCACUUUCACACAUUGCCUUUUUGUUUUAUCCUUUGUGGUUUUGCUCAGUAAAACUCCCAGAAAAGCAGUUUUAUUCCAUGAAUAUCAAGCCUCUACUGGAAGAUUCAAUAAAUUUGUUUCAUUACUUUGCA